AUGCUGGUAGCAACUCGCCUGGCUGGUGGGGGUGCUGGGAGCAACUCGCCUGGCUGGUGGGGGUGCUGGGAGCAACUGACCUGGCUGGUGGGGGUGCCGGGAGCAACUCACCUGGCUGGUGGGGGUACUGGGAGCAACUCACCUAGCUGGUGGGGGUGCUGGGAGCAACUCACCUGGCUGGUGGGGGUGCUUGGAGCAACUCACCUGGCUGGUGGGGGUGCUGGGAGCAAAUCAACUGGCUGGUGGGGGUGCUGGGAGCAACUCAACUGGCUGGUGGGGGUGCUGGGAGCAACUCGCCUGGCUGGUGGGGGCGCUGGGAGCAACUCGCCUGGCUGGUGGGAGUGCUGGGAGCAACUCACCUGGCUGCUGGUGGGGGUGCUGGGAGCAACUCGCCUGGCUGGUGGGGAUGCUGGGAGCAACUCGCCUGGCUGGUGGGGGUGCUGGGAGCAACUCGCCUGGCCGGUGGGGGUGCUGGGAGCAACUCACCUGGCUGGUGGGGGAGCUGGGAGCAACUCACCUGGCUGGUGGGGGUGCUGGGAGCAACUCACCUGGUUGGAGGGGAUGCUAGGAGCAACUCGCCUGGCUGGUGGGGUUGCUGGGAACAACUCACCUGGCUGGUGGGGGUGCUGGGAGCAACUCACCUGGCUGGUGGGGGUGUUGGGAGCAACUCACUUGGCUGGUGGGGGUGCUGGGAGCAACUCACCUGGCUGGUGGGGGUGCUGGGAGCAACUCAACUGGCUGGUGGGGGUGCUGGGAGCAACUCGCCUGGCUGGUGGGGGCGCUGGGAGCAACUCGCCUGGCUGGUGGGAGUGCUGGGAGCAACUCACCUGGCUGGUGGGGGUGCUGGGAGCAACUCACCUGGCUGGUGGGGGUGCUGGGAGCAACUCAACUGGCUGGUGGGGGUGCUGGAAGCAACUCAACUGGUUGGUGUGGGUGCUGGGAGCAACUCAACUGGCAGGUGGGGGUGCUGGGAGCAACUCGCCUGGCUGGUGGGGGUGCUGGGAGCAACUCGCCUGGCUGGUGAGGGUGCUGGGAGCAACUCUCCUGGCUGGUGGGGGUGCUGGGAGCAACUCGCCUGGCUGGUGGGGGUGCUGGGAGCAACUCGCCUGGCUGGUGGGGGUGCUGGGAGCAACUUGCCUGGCUGGUGGGGGUGCUGGGAGCAACUCGCCUGGCCGGAGCAACUCGCCUGGCUGGUGGGGUUGCUGGGAACAACUCACCUGGCUGGUGGGGGUGCUGGGAGCAACUCACCUGGCUGGUGGGGGUGUUGGGAGCAACUCACUUGGCUGGUGGGGGUGCUGGGAGCAACUCAACUGGCUGGUGGGGGUGCUAGGAGCAACUCGCCUGGCUGGUGGGGGCGCUGGGAGCAACUCGCCUGGCUGGUGGGAGUGCUGGGAGCAACUCACCUGGCUGGUGGGGGUGCUGGGAGCAACUCACCUGGCUGGUGGGGGUGCUGGGAGCAACUCAACUGGCUGGUGGGGGUGCUGGAAGCAACUCAACUGGUUGGUGUGGGUGCUGGGAGCAACUCAACUUGCUGGUGGGGGUGCUGGGAGCAACUCGCCUGGCUGGUGGGGGUGCUGGGAGCAACUCGCCUGGCCGGAGCAACUCGCCUGGCUGGUGGGGUUGCUGGGAACAACUCACCUGGCUGGUGGGGGUGCUGGGAGCAACUCACCUGGCUGGUGGGGGUGCUGGGAGCAACUCACCUGGCUGGUGGGGGUGUUGGGAGCAACUCACUUGGCUGGUGGGGGUGCUGGGAACAACUCACCUGGCUGGUGGGGGUGCUGGGAGCAACUCACCUGGCUGGUGGUGGUGCUGGGUGCAACUCACCUGGCUGGUGGGGGUGCUGGGAGCAACUCACCUAGCUGGUGGGGGUGCUGGGAGCAAUUCACCUGGCUAGUAGGGGUGUUGGGAGUAACUCACCUGGCUGGUGGGGGUGCUGGGAGCAACUCGCCUGGCUGGUGGGGGUGCUGGGAGCAACUCGCCUGGCUGGUGGGGAUGCUGGGAGCAACUCGCCUGGCUGGUGGGGGUGCUGGGAGCAACUCGCCUGGCCGGUGGGGGUGCUGGGAGCAACUCACCUGGCUGGUGGGGGAGCUGGGAGCAACUCACCUGGCUGGUGGGGGUGCUGGGAGCAACUCACCUGGCUGGUGGGGGUGCUUGGAGCAACUCACCUGGCUGGUGGGGGUGCUGGGAGCAAAUCAACUGGCUGGUGGGGGUGCUGGGAGCAACUCAACUGGCUGGUGGGGGUGCUGGGAGCAACUCGCCUGGCUGGUGGGGGCGCUGGGAGCAACUCGCCUGGCUGGUGGGAGUGCUGGGAGCAACUCACCUGGCUGGUGGGGGUGCUGGGAGCAACUCACCUGGCUGGUGGGGGUGCUGGGAGCAACUCAACUGGCUGGUGGGGGUGCUGGAAGCAACUCAACUGGUUGGUGUGGGUGCUGGGAGCAACUCAACUGGCUGGUGGGGGUGCUGGGAGCAACUCGCCUGGCUGGUGAGGGUGCUGGGAGCAACUCUCCUGGCUGGUGGGGGUGCUGGGAGCAACUCACCUGGCUGGUGGGGGUGCUGGGAGCAACUCACCUGGUUGGAGGGGAUGCUAGGAGCAACUCGCCUGGCUGGUGGGGUUGCUGGGAACAACUCACCUGGCUGGUGGGGGUGCUGGGAGCAACUCACCUGGCUGGUGGGGGUGUUGGGAGCAACUCACUUGGCUGGUGGGGGUGCUGGGAGCAACUCAACUGGCUGGUGGGGGUGCUAGGAGCAACUCGCCUGGCUGGUGGGGGCGCUGGGAGCAACUCGCCUGGCUGGUGGGAGUGCUGGGAGCAACUCACCUGGCUGGUGGGGGUGCUGGGAGCAACUCACCUGGCUGGUGGGGGUGCUGGGAGCAACUCAACUGGCUGGUGGGGGUGCUGGAAGCAACUCAACUGGUUGGUGUGGGUGCUGGGAGCAACUCAACUUGCUGGUGGGGGUGCUGGGAGCAACUCGCCUGGCUGGUGGGGGUGCUGGGAGCAACUCGCCUGGCCGGUGGGGGUGCUGGGAGCAACUCACCUGGCUGGUGGGGGAGCUGGGAGCAACUCACCUGGCUGGUGGGGGUGCUGGGAGCAACUCACCUGGUUGGAGGGGAUGCUAGGAGCAACUCGCCUGGCUGGUGGGGUUGCUGGGAACAACUCACCUGGCUGGUGGGGGUGCUGGGAGCAACUCACCUGGCUCGUGGGGGUGCUGGGAGCAACUCACCUGGCUGGUGGGGGUGUUGGGAGCAACUCACUUGGCUGGUGGGGGUGCUGGGAACAACUCACCUGGCUGGUGGGGGUGCUGGGAGCAACUCACCUGGCUGGUGGUGGUGCUGGGUGCAACUCACCUGGCUGCUGGGAGCAACUCACCUGGCUGGUGGGGGUGCUGGGAGCAACUCACCUGGCUGGUGGGGGUGCUUGGAGCAACUCACCUGGCUGGUGGGGGUGCUGGGAGCAAAUCAACUGGCUGGUGGGGGUGCUGGGAGCAACUCAACUGGCUGGUGGGGGUGCUGGGAGCAACUCGCCUGGCUGGUGGGGGCGCUGGGAGCAACUCGCCUGGCUGGUGGGAGUGCUGGGAGCAACUCACCUGGCUGGUGGGGGUGCUGGGAGCAACUCACCUGGCUGGUGGGGGUGCUGGGAGCAACUCAACUGGCUUGUGGGGGUGCUGGAAGCAACUCAACUGGUUGGUGUGGGUGCUGGGAGCAACUCAACUGGCUGGUGGGGGUGCUGGGAGCAACUCGCCUGGCUGGUGAGGGUGCUGGGAGCAACUCUCCUGGCUGGUGGGGGUGCUGGGAGCAACUCGCCUAGCUGGUGGGGGUGCUGGGAGCAACUCGCCUGGCUGGUGGGGAUGCUGGGAGCAACUCGCCUGGCUGGUGGGGGUGCUGGGAGCAACUCGCCUGGCCGGUGGGGGUGCUGGGAGCAACUCACCUGGCUGGUGGGGGAGCUGGGAGCAACUCACCUGGCUGGUGGGGGUGCUGGGAGCAACUCACCUGUGGGGGCGCUCGGAGCAACUCGCCUUGCUGGUGGGGGCGCUGGGAGCAACUCGCCUGGCUGGUGGGGAUGCUAUGAGCAACUCGCCUUGCUGGUUGGGGUGCUGGGAGCAACUCGCCUAGCUGGUGGGGGUGCUGGGAGCAACUCGCCUGGCUGGUGGGGGUGCUUGGAGCAACUCGCCUGGCUGGUGGGGGUGCUGGGAGAAACUCUCCUGGCUGGUGGGGGUGCUGGUAGCAACUCGCCUGGCUGGUGGGGGUGCUGGGAGCAACUCGCCUGGCUGGUGGGGAUGCUGGGAGCAACUCGCCUGGCUGGUGGGGGUGCUGGGAGCAACUCGCCUGGCCGGUGGGGGUGCUGGGAGCAACUCACCUGGCUGGUGGGGGAGCUGGGAGCAACUCACCUGGCUGGUGGGGGUGCUGGGAGCAACUCACCUGGUUGGAGGGGAUGCUAG